AUGCAAAGACAAGUACCACUUUUAUUGAUCAUACUAGUCUUUCAUAUGUCCACUGGUCUUCGAUGUAUCAAUAAUUGUGAACAAAAUUUCAACAUAAGCCAACCGUUUAAUAGCUUCGAUAAUAGAUGUGGACGUCCAGUAGAAGAUGCAUAUCGAUGUUAUGUCAAAAUGCAAUUUUUCUUUCAUCUCGAUGAAGUAACAAUGCUUUUUAUUACUGGUACAUCAACCAAUAAGGAUUUCAUUCGUAUUGAACCGAAUCGAACAAAACAUUUUUCUUAUCAAAUCGAAUAUGCGUGUGAUAAUUUCGAUGAUUGUGCUCGCACGUUUGCCGAGAAAAAAAUGAUUGAAAUGAAAGAAAAAUCAUACAAUAUUUCCUCCAUUUUCAACGACUUUGACGUUCUUCUUAGUCGCACUGAUACAAGCAAAGAACUCACAUGUUAUGACGGCAAUCGGACAACAAAUUUGUGUUCAACUCCCGAUAAACUUUGCUAUUUGGAACAUCAUCAGAUCAGUGAUACGACAGACGCAUCUUCCUGCCCUCAAGAAUUUAAUAAUCCUACUGUAAAUGUGAUCGUUAAUGAUCAGGGAUAUGGUGCAGGACUCUUUGUACGAUGUAGUCGACAUUUAUGUAAUACAGCAGAAACAGUAAAUACAGUUAAACAAAUUUUAUUCAAACAUCAAAUUACGGAUAAGAAUGGAAGAACUAGAUCAUGGACCACAAGUACGGGGACAACUGUGAUCAGUGUAUUUUUUCAUAUUGUUCCAGCGCUUUUGCUUAUUUGUAUAAUCAAUUUUAUGUAA